AUGCUCGUGGCCCCCGCGUCGGUCAAGACCUUCACCGACGUGGGCGACUGGGUGCUCGGCAAGACCGGCCGCUACCUGGUGAUCGUGUCCCAGCUGCUCGUGUGUCUACUGCUGCCCUGCGCCUUCCUGGUGCUCGGCAGCACGCUGCUCGACGUGCUGUUCCCGGACUCGUUCAGCCAGAUCUUCUGGAUCUUCUUCAUGGCCAUCACGGUGGUGCCGUCCUGCCUCAUCCCGACGCUCAGGGAGGCGGCCGUCGUCGCGUUCGUCGGCUGCCUCGGUACGCUCAUCGCCGACGUCGUGGGCGUGAGCGUGCUCGAGUGGGAGAUGCGCGGCCACCCGUCGAUCCCGACGCCCGACAUCACGCUGCACCAGGUGCUCACCACCUUCGGCAACCUGUCGCUGGCCUACGGCGCGUCCGUCGUGGUGCCGGACCUGCAGCGCCAGCACUCAGAGCCCACGCGCAUGCCGCGCAUCAUCCUCGUGAGUCUGGGCGCUGGUUCGGCCUUCUUCCUGGCCAUCGCCAUUGCCGGUUACGCUGCCGGUGGCUGCCAGCUCUCGGGCAACCUGCUCUUCUCCAUCGUCAACAUCGCGGACCCGUCGUCUCCGUCGGCUCUGGGCUUCGUCCCCAACCGCGGCGCUGUGCUCAUGGCCUACCUGUUCAUGCAGGUGCACAUUGUGAUCGCCUUCUCGACCGUCAUCCAGCCGCCGUUCUACCUGGCCGAGCGCUUCAUCCUCGGCAUGCACAAGCCCUCGACCGAGAGCCUCCUUCAGGACGGCGACGUGCAGGAGAAGCUCUCGACCGCGGGCUCCCCCGUUGUCACCACGGCGGACCCGGUGACGCCCGACCUCGAGGGCAACUACAACGCGUCCAACACCCCGGGUCGCGUGUUGACGGCCGAAGAGCAGAAGAACGCGAAGGAGGAGCAGGAGCUGUCCGAGUACCGGGGCACGGGCGUCGUGCUGCGCUACGUGACACUUCGCCUCGCCAUCAUCGCGGCGCUCGUGGCGGUCUCCAUCGGCCUUCGCGACCACUUCCUCGACCUCGUGGACUUCACCGGAGCCUCGGCCAUCACUGUGUGCUGUCUGGCCCUGCCUAUUAUCUUCUACCUCAAGGUCUUCUGGAAGGACCUGCCCGUGUACGAGCGUGUGGUGGCCAUCCUGGUGGUCGUCAUCUGCAGCAUCGUCGGCUGCUACGUCAUGAUCUACGCCGGCAAGAACCUCUUCAACCCGGACGAAGAGAGCGCCACGUUCCCCUUCUGCUCCGUGGAGAACCAAAUGGAGCCAUACUACGUGCGGAACGCCACCACCUCGAGCUAG